GCCAAUAGGUAUGACUGGGAUGGAUUAUCAAUAAGUUGAUUCAGAGAAUUUGAUGAAGCGUAUCCGCACUGGCCAAUCUGAUGAGUCUGUAGUGGGGACAAAUGUUGGUGACAUUAGCCUUUGGGAGGUGGGAUCCCUGGCAAGGCUAGCACACAAGUCUUUCAAGGUUUGGGACAUGUCAGCUGCUUCAAUGUCAUUGCAGAUGGCUUUGUUGAAUGAUGCUCCAAUAUCAGUGAAUAGGAGCGUUUGGGGGCUGAUGGACUUAUGCUUGGACCCAAGUUUAUGUAAGAAAGAAGGCUAGAACCUAAGCAAAGGGAAGAGAGGGAAGGGCAACAGGAAGCAAGGAUUCUGGAGCUCGACACCAAAUUGAAGCAGAUUUAGUUAAGGAUUCACAACAGCUCAAGAAAAGGGCAAUAACUGAAUUAACGGUUCAACAGAAUGAGGGGACCACGGGUACAUUGAAGAAUGACGUGGCAGGAGCUGAAGAUAGAAGUGAAUUGGAGGGAAAAGAGCGUUAUAUGCAGCGGGAAAGAAAAGGAAAGGGAUUAAGCAGAAAUUGAGGAAAUACAGGGAAUUUAGGGGGAGAUCCAGCCUCUCGGGUGCUGGGGUUGUAUUGAGUGCUGAGGGUAGGGUUGUAUUCUGUAUUAAUGAUUUGUAUCAGUAUUAUUGUUGUGGAAUAGUAGAGACCAAUAAUAAAUACAAGAUUUCCUUUAAUCAUAA